AGUUCUGUGGAACUGAGCAAGCAGAAGGCAAGGAGGAACAGCAACUGCGUGGAAAACACACUGGGCUCUUCAGGAUGGACUUUUGUCCUGCUGAGUCAUCUGACUUGAGUGAGGCUGAAGAAGCUGAAAUAGAGACAAUAAGGCAGCACAGAGAGGAGCUUUUAGAGGACAUUAAGAAGCUGAAAGAAGAGAUUGCUGAAGUGUUUGCAGAGAUAGAGCGCUUCCAAAAUGCAGAGGAGAGGUGAGAGGUAGACCUAAUCCCUGGGGAAUACACCAGCAAAUUAUCACAGAAGGAUAAACUUCUGUCCCUAGGCCGGAAGAAGUUCAACAUGGAUCCUGCAAAGGGGAUCCAGUACCUCAUAGAACACCAACUGUUAUCUUCAAACCUUGAGGAUAUCGCCAAAUUCCUCCAUAAGGGUGAAGGCCUGAACAAGACAGCUAUUGGGGAUUAUCUGGGUGGGAGGGAUCCCACAAACAUUCAGAUCCUCCAAGCCUUUGUGGCGUGUCACCAGUUUGCCAACCUCAACCUGGUCCAGGCACUGAGACAAUUCCUGUGGAGCUUCCGGCUGCCUGGAGAAGCUCAGAAGAUUGACCGAAUGAUGGAGGCAUUUGCCAACUGGUACUGCAAGUGUAACCCAGGAGUAUUCCAAUCCACAGAUACCUGCUAUAUACUUUCCUUCUCCAUCAUCAUGCUUAACACCAGCUUGCACAACCCCAACGUGAAAGACAAACCCCCCUUUGAGAGGUUUGUAUCCAUCAACCGAGGUAUUGCUGAAGGAGGAGACCUGCCAGAAGAGCUCUUAAGGAGUCUGUUUGAGAGCAUAAAGAAUGAGCCAUUCUCCAUACCAGAAGAUGAUGGGAAUGAUCUCACACAUACCUUCUUCAACCCUAGCCGCGAGGGCUGGCUCCUGAAACUAGGAGGACGUGUGAAAACCUGGAAACGCCGUUGGUUCAUUCUGACCGAUAACUGCCUGUACUACUUCGAAUAUACCACGGACAAAGAGCCUUUAGGCAUUGUCCCCCUGGAGAACCUAUCAGUCCGGAAGGUGGAUGACCCUAAAAAGCCAAAUUGCUUUGAGCUCUUCAAUCCCAAUUGUAAGGGGCAGAAGAUCAAAGCCUGCAAAACAGAUGGGGAUGGGAAGGUUGUUGAGGGCAAGCAUCAGUCCUACAAGAUCUCAGCAGCUACACCAGAAGAACGCGAUGAGUGGAUUGAGGCAAUACGGACCAGCAUCACACAGGAUCCUUUCUAUGAUCUUGUCUCAGCCCGUAAGAAGAAGAUUGCCAACAAAAACUGAGCCCUGACCUGCAGGAACAUGCAAUUGUUGAGUAUCUUUCUUCCCAUGCUGGGCUCUACCAGUGAAGAAAUUUGGGAGUAUUGGUGCCCUCCACCUCCACUUGGCAGGAAGAUGACUGA